AUGGACCGAGGACGAGGAAGAAGCUUUGGACGAGGUGGUGGUGGUCGAGGUAGCUAUCGAGGUGGCAAUCGAGGUGGCGGUCGCGGUGGCGGCGUAGGUAGACCACCCGGCUUGUCUGGUAAGGAAAUUGGCAUGUACUAUGCUAAUUUAAGUCGAACAAGGAAGAAAGAGAAGGAGAAAAUAGAAAGAGCUGUCAUUGAGUUAGAUGACGGUAAACAGCAUGCGAUCGCAUCGAUCGUAGAUCAAGUGGAAGCCAGUUGUAGCCUCGAUAACGAAUCCAGCCAUCAUGUAGAUUCUGAUCAGCAAUUUUCUGAUUCGAUUCAAUUCUUACAACGAGAUCCUCAUCUUGAUAAUAGAUUAAAAGAAGAAUUAGAAACGAAAUUUAAAGAUCCAAGCUAUCAAAAAUUGCUCGUGAGUAACAGUAUCUUCUACACUGCUACAUUUAUAUUCGUAGAUACUCAUAAAUUCAAUAAUUCUUGUCAGGCUGAGAGGCAGAAACUUCCGAUUUAUGCAAUGCACGAUGAUAUUAUGAAUCUCAUUCAUAGUAAUCAAAUCGUAGUUAUUAGUGGUCAGACUGGAUGUGGUAAAACUACGCAGUUACCUCAGUUUAUACUUGAUGAUGCUAUUUGCUCCGGCAAUGGAUCAUUAUGCAAGAUUGCUUGUACACAGCCACGUCGAAUUAGUGCAAUAUCGGUUGCUGAGCGUGUUCUUGAUGAACGUAUUGAGAAAAAUCAACCCAAUCCGAGUGCAGGCUAUCAAAUUAGGCUAGAAAAUAAGCUACCGCGAAAUCAAGGGUCAAUGAUCUACUGUACAACUGGCAUUUUACUCCGACAAUUACAGAAUGAUCCGUUACUUUCACAAUAUAGCCAUCUUAUUAUCGAUGAAAUCCAUGAGCGAAAUUUAAUGUCGGACUUCUUAUUAAUCUAUUUAAAAGAUAUUUUAAGCAAAAGGCCCGAUCUAAAAGUUGUUCUAAUGAGUGCUACGUUGAAUGCUGCUAGCUUUUCUUCGUAUUUUAAUAAUUGUCCAAUCGUGGAGAUUCCCGGAUCGUUGUAUUCUGUUAGACAUUACUACAUGGAAGACAUUAUCUCGAUGCUAGGUAAUCAAAAAGUAUACUUCCAGCCGAAAUCGAAUACACGUAAUAGCACACGAGGUAGGAACCGACCAUAUAGAAGUAAAGAAAGUGUUGAAGACAACGAUUGGCGCGAUUUUUUAGGAUUCAUUUCGGAUGAGUAUUGCUUAAGAACUGCACAGUCUGUGGAACGAAUGGUUUUUGACGAUUUAGAUUUCGAAUUAAUUGAAGAUAUAAUAACUUACAUAUCAGAUCACAUGGAGAAAGGUGCUAUUUUAUGCUUUCUGCCUGGAUGGGAGGACAUUCGUAAACUUUACGAACGAUUACGAUUAAGUCCCUAUUUUUCGUCAGGGAGAUACCUAAUCAUCCCGUUGCAUUCGCAAUUAUCAACUGUAAAUCAAAGAAAAAUAUUUGAAAAACCCCUACCUUCUGUUCGAAAAAUUGUUAUUGCUACCGAUAUUGCUGAGACAAGUAUCACCAUCAAUGAUGUAUCGUUCGUAAUUGACUGUGGUAAAGUAAAAGAGAAGGCCUAUGAUCCCACCAGUGGCCUAGAAGUUCUUUCUCCGGUCUGGACCAGUAAAGCAUCAGCACAGCAAAGAGCGGGUCGAGCAGGAAGAGUAAAAGCUGGGCACUGUUUUUACCUUUACACACAAUUUCAUAAGUCGAAAAUGCAAGAAUUUCAGUUACCAGAAAUGUUAAGGACUCCCUUGGAAGAAAUAUGCUUACAAAUUAAAAAGCUUAAAUUAGGUAUGAUAGCACCGUUCCUAUCGAAAGCAGUGGAUGCACCGGAUAGUGAAGCAGUUGCUCGAGCUAUAGCUCUUUUAAAGGAUUUGAAUGGUUUAAAUGAUGACGAAUCGUUAACUCCACUCGGACAUUAUCUUGCGGCACUCCCACUUAAUCCUCGCUUAGGGAAAAUUAUUAUAUUUGGCGCACUGUUUUCUUGUCUAUAUCCUGCUGUAAUAAUAUCGGCAUUUUUAGGUCAUAGGGAUCCUUUUGUAUUUGUUAUGGACGAUAGAGAGGCCUCAAGACGAGCACGUAAAAGCUUCGAACAUGAUUCAAUUAGUGAUCAUUUGACACUGUUCAAUGCCUUUAAGUCGUGGAAAAAAGCUAAAUAUAACCGAAAUGAUUAUGACUUUUGCCGGAGUAACUUGUUGUCUGCAAGCGGCCUUAACAUGGUUCACAAAAUGGCAGAUCAAUUUGGUGAUCUCUUACACGAGAUUGGAUUUAUAGAUACCAAGGAUAUAAAGGCAAAUCGUUAUAAUGUUAAUUCCGGCAAUAGUAACCUUGUUAAAGCAAUCUUGUGUGCUGGGUUAUAUCCAAACGUUAUUCACGUCGAACAUAGACAAACAAAUAACAAGAGGCCUCCUAAACUUUCAACGAGACACGACAGAGCAGUGUUUUUUCAUCCCAGCUCGGUCCACCAUAAUCGAAAUUUUUUUAGUAGUAAAUGGUUAAUAUACCAUAAAAAAAUGAAAUUGGAUAGUCAGAUUAAAAUAUUUGAUGCCACAAUGGUUACUCCGUUUUCUCUAUUAUUUUUCGGUGGUGAUAUUCAAGUAGACGAGUCUGAAAACACUAUCUCAAUCGACACAUGGAUUAAGUUUGUUGCUGAUGCUGGCAUCGCUAAAUUAAUGAAGCAAUUAAGACUCCAACUGGACAACUGUUUAAAGCAGAAGAUUAAGCAACCAUCACUGCAAUUAACUGCAUCAAAUGAUCAGUCUGAUCCUAAAGCUAAAUUGUUCCAGGAGAUUAUUAAUCUUAUUACACGCGAAGAUUUAUCGCAGCAAGUAAGUAAUAGUCAUUACACGUAUGUAUAUUCAUACAGUAGUCAUUUGAAAGAAAUGUCUUAUAAAAUUUUUGUCGCACGACUCGUAAGCUAA